AUGAGUGCUGGCGAGGAGAACGAAUUGAAGGAAUUGGAGGAGUACUCCUCCAGAGGGUUUUCGGCAGUGGAGUUUGCCAACAGGUUGUUGAUAUCUAUGAAUGACAUUGACCACAGCUACAGCUACGACAUUGAUGGCAGUGCUGGUGAUAGUAGUGGGAUGGAAUUGGAUAUCACCAAUCCCAUAAAGAAGUUGGAGUUUGAUUUGAUUGAGGUCAACAAGGAAAUGAGGGAAAUCGGGAACAGUAAGUAUGAGGAAAUAUUGAAUGAGAUGAAUAAAGAGAACGAUAUAAAAAAGUUGAUUUUGGAGAUCAUUUUGCCCUCGAUCAAGCAGAUCAACUCGAAUUUCAAUACAAUUGAAAAGAAUAUUUUGCAGCCUUUUAACGAGUUCAAAAAAUUGAACAAUUCAAUCAAGAAUCUAUAUUCGACGAGCAAUCUAUUAAGGAAGUUUCAAUAUUUUAUCUAUUUAUUUGAGGAGUUGAACAAUGGGAUAAACAACGAAAUUCUGGACUAUGACAGUGGCAGCAGUAAUAACAGUGGUGCAUAUUUGAAUAAAGUGAUUAGGAAUUACUAUUUUUUGAAUAAACAUUUAAAUGACAACGAAUCAUUAAUGAGUUUAAAAAUAAUUAGAGAUUAUAAAAUUAUCUUAGGUGAUAUUAAAAUUCAAAAAAUACUCAGGUUUUUGAAUCAGAAAUUCAAUUUUAUUAUUGUCAAUCAUGAUAAUACCAAUAUCAAAAGCAACAAUAAUGGUGAUAAUAAUUAUAAUGGUGAUAAUAAUUAUAAUAAUGACAUUACUGCUAAAAAAGAACUUGAUAACAUUAAAAUAUUAUUUAUAUCAUUUAUUAUAAUCGAUGAAAAUCACUUAGUCAAUAAGCUUAAAAAUUAUAUUAAUAGUUUAAUUAAUUUGUCAAUUAAUAAACUAUCAAGAAUUCUUACAUCUCCGCGAAAUUUUAAUAGUUUAAUGGUGGAAAUCAGUGAAAAUGGAUUAUUUUUGUUCAAAAUUAGCAAAAUAUUGGAAAAGACUGAGUAUCCAUUUUUUGAUGAAAAAGAAGAAACUGAAAAAAACAAUAAUGAAGCAAAAUUAAGGAAAAUUAAAAAGAAUUAUUGGAGCACUUGCCUCAAUGAACUUGAAAACAGUGCAAUUGGUACCGGCGUUUUGAAAAUGGUUAUCAAGAAAUUAGAUAUCAAUAAUAUUACAUUGUUGCAGUACUAUUGGAAAGAAAUUGCUAUUAAAUUUGAAAAAAUAUUAACCAGUACAAUUGAAAGAGGAGGGCCAGUUGGGAAGACGUUGAAGUUGUACUCCAGCGAAAUCAAAAAUUCCAUCAAGGUGAAUGUCAUCAACAGUGGAAAACUUAAUGCCAUUGAAGAGCUCUCAGAGAAUAGUUUCGAGGUAAAAAUGAUGUUGAACUCAACCAACAGCUUUGAUAGAAACACCAGAGUGUAUUAACUUCAUGCUUCAUAAAUUUCACUAGAAACUUGGUCAUAAAAUGCAUUAUAAAUUGCACUAUAAAAUGUAGUAUAAAUUGC